AUGAACGGAGUAGAACGAGAGCGCACUGAAGAUGAAGUCCGACGGCGACGUGAUGACUACGAGCGACGGCGUCAGGUCACGAAUUCCAGUCCUGAUGCGGUCCGAAGUCAACUCGACGCGAUAGACAGCGCAAUGCGCUCCAAUUUCGCCGGCGGAACUCAAGCAAAUGGAGAAGCUGAAGAUGAACCGUUACCGGAAGGGUGGGAUAUGCAAAUAGCUCCGAACGGUCGAACGUUCUUCAUCGAUCAUCGCACGAAGACCACUACAUGGCUGGAUCCACGAACCGGUAUAGCGGCCAGUCGACCGGUUUCGGGAAAGACGGACGACGAAAUCGGUGCUUUACCAGAAGGAUGGGAACAGAGGGUUCACACAGAUGGCAGAGUGUUCUUUAUCGAUCAUAACAACAGGAGAACCCAGAUCACGUUCGAGAGACGAAAGAUACGCUGGCCGGCUAUACCGUACUCUAGAGAUUACAAGAGGAAGGUUGAAUAUUUACAUUCAAAAUUGCCGCGUGCAGGUUCAAAUGGCAAGUGUGACAUGAUUGUUCAUAGGGAAACACUUUUCGAAGACUCUUAUAGACAUAUCAUGGAGAAGACACCAGCUGAGCUUCGGCACAAACUGUGGAUUGAGUUCUUCGGUGAAACAGGGUUGGAUUACGGUGGUGUGACGCGAGAAUGGUUCUUCCUGUUAUCGCAUGAAAUCUUCAACCCGUAUUAUGGCCUUUUUGAAUAUUCAGCGACGGACAACUAUACGUUACAAAUCAAUCCACACUCUGCUGCCUGCAAUCCAGAUCACCUCUCAUAUUUCUAUUUCAUUGGAAAAGUAAUGGGAAUGGCCAUCUAUCAUGGAAAAUUAUUAGACGCAUUUUUCAUUCGGCCGUUCUACAAGAUGAUGCUCGGCAAGAAAAUCACGCUUUUUGACAUGGAAUCCGUUGACAAUGCCUAUUAUAACUCGUUGAUCUACAUCAAAGAUAACGAUCCUGAAGAUCUCGAGCUCACCUUCGCCGUCGACGAUUGCGUGUUCGGC